AUGCUUUUGACAACAGAGCAAAUGCUUCUAGCUGCUCUCUCAUCCUCUUCUUCCUCUGAGUUCUCUGGCAUUUCAAUUCUUUCAAAAAGCCUCUGCUAAGUUCUCCACAGAAAAUUUAAAAAAAAAACGAUAUAAGUUCGUAUAGUUUUUUAAGUUUGAACAGAAAUGGAAGAAAUCUAUAUGUCAGGAAGCAUGAGAAGAUCGAAGUCUAUAUGGAGAGGAGCUGAGGAUCAGAUCUUCUCAAGGUCAUUUGAUGAGAGGAAUGAGAUAGAUGAUGAGGAGGCUUUGGUUUGGGCUGCACUAGAGAAGCUUCCUACUUAUGACCGUGUGAGGAAGGGAGUUCUCUCCUUGGCUGACGGAGACCUUAGGGAGAUUGAUGUAAAGAGUCUGGGCUUACAGGAGAGAAGAACCUUGCUGGAGAGACUGGUUAAAGUUGCGGAGGAAGACCAUGAGAGGUUUCUUCUUAAGCUCAAGAAUCGCAUUGAUAGAGUUGGGAUUGAUUUCCCGACGGUAGAGAUGCGUUUCGAGGACCUUACUAUUGAAGCAGAAGCUUAUGUGGGCAGCAGAAGCUUGCCUUCCUUUUUCAACGCAAUCAUGAACAACUUGGAGGCCAUUGCCAAUUAUCUUCAUAUAACUCCAAGCAAGAAGAGACCGUUCACGAUCCUUCAUAAUAUCAAUGGAAUCAUCAAGCCACGAAGGAUGACUCUAUUGCUUGGGCCUCCAGGUUCAGGGAAGACAUCAAUGCUAUUGGCUUUGGCAGGGAAACUAAGCUCUGAUCUUAAGGUUUCAGGUAAAGUGACUUAUAACGGUCAUGGAAUGGAUGAAUUUGUUCCCCAACGUACUGCAGCUUAUAUAAGUCAGCAUGAUCUACACAUGGGAGAGAUGACAGUAAGAGAGACCCUAAUGUUCUCUGCAAGAUGUCAAGGAGUUGGUUGUCGAUAUGAUAUGUUGACUGAACUUUCAAGAAGGGAAAAGGCAGCAAAUAUCAAACCUGAUCCUGAUAUUGAUGUCUUCAUGAAGGCAAGAUCAAUGGAAGGAAAGGAAACUGGAGUAAACACUGAUUACAUAAUGAAGAUUUUGGGAUUGGAUAUUUGUGCUGAUACAAUGAUAGGAGAUGAAAUGUUAAGAGGUAUUUCUGGAGGUCAAAAAAGGCGUGUCACCACAGGCGAGAUGAUUGUUGGGCCAGCACAGGCAUUACUCAUGGACGAAAUAUCAAAUGGCUUGGACAGCUCUACAACUUUUCAGAUAAUAAAAUCACUCAAGCAAAUCACUCAGAUUCUUGGUGGAACAACAAUCAUCUCUCUGCUUCAACCUGCACCAGAAACCUACGAGCUCUUUGAUGAUAUCAUCCUCUUAUCAGAUGGGUUAAUUGUGUAUCAAGGUCCUCGAAGGCAUGUGCUUGAAUUCUUCCAUUUCAUGGGCUUCAGUUGUCCUGAGAGGAAGGGUGUUGCUGAUUUCCUACAAGAAGUGACAUCAAAGAAAGAUCAACAACAGUAUUGGGUGCAUCAUGAUAAACCAUACAGAUUUAUAUCUGUUACCGAAUUUGCAGAAGCAUUUCAGUCAUUCCAUGUCGGAAAAGAGCUAACAAAAGAGCUAUCUAUUUCAUUUGAUAAAAGCAAGAGUCACCCUGCUGCUUUAACCACCUCAAAAUAUGGUGUUAGUACAAUGGAACUAUUGAAGGCUUGUGCUGAGAGAGAACUACUACUACUGAAAAGGAAUUCUUUUGUUUAUGCAUUUCGAUCAGCUAAGGUGUUGGUCAUGACAUUAAUGAUGAUGACUGUCUUUCUGAGGACUAAAAUGCAUCGCCGAACAAUAACUGAUGGAAUUAUUUUUUUGGGAGCGCUUUUCUUUGUAAUUAUUAAUAUAAUGUUCAAUGGAUUCUCGGAACUUUCGAUGACCAUUGCUAAGCUGCCCGUCUUCUUCAAGCAAAGAGAUUCUCUCUUUUAUCCUGCGUGGACUUAUGCAAUACCAACAUGGAUUGUGAAGAUUCCGUUUUCAGUCAUAGAAGUUACUAUCUUAGUAAUGAUCAGUUACUAUGUAGUUGGCUACGAUCCAAAUAUUGAAAGGUUCAUCAAACAAUAUGUUGUGCUUCUUCUGGUCAAUCAGAUGGCUGCGGGGAAAUUUCGUUUUGUUGGUGCAAUUGGGAGAAACAUGUUUAUGGCAGCAGCACUAUCAUUCUACAUGUUGUUUGUUUUUCUUGUUUUGGGUGGAUUCAUCAUUGCACAUGGUGAUAUUAAGAAAUUUUGGAUUUGGGGCUAUUGGAUGUCACCACUGAUGUACUCCCAAACAGCAGUUUCAGUAAAUGAAUUCCUUGGAAACAGUUGGAGUCAUAAACUACCUGGAUCAAAUGAGACACUUGGAGUAGCUGUCCUGAAGUCUCGAGGAAUGUUUACAGAGGCAAAAUGGUAUUGGAUUGGUGUAGUUGCUUUGCUUGGAUAUGUGUUCAUAUUCAACUUUCUUUUUGCAGUAUCUCUAAGCUAUCUCAAACCAAUUAAAAAAGGCCAACCAGCACUAUCUGAAGAGGCCGUGAAUGAAAGGCAAAUGAAUAUAAUAAAAAAGCCCCAUCAUUCAUCAUUUGAACGAGAAAGCUCUACUCAUCAAUCUGGUUCAAGAAACAAUUCUACAAAGUUCUCAACACUUGAUUCUAAUCCAGCCGAGUUAAAUACAAGGAAACAAAUGGCUCUUCCAUUUCUCCCACUUUCUCUCACAUUUGACAACAUAAAAUAUUCAGUAGAUAUGCCACAAGAAAUGAAAGCAGAUGGUGCUGAAGAUAGACUGAUGCUUUUAAAGGGUGUGAGUGGUUGCUUUAGACCCGGAGUUCUUACAGCUCUAAUGGGUGUUAGCGGAGCAGGAAAGACUACUCUUAUGGACGUACUUGCAGGAAGAAAAACUGGAGGAUAUAUAGAGGGAAAUAUUACCAUAUCUGGAUAUCCCAAGAAUCAGGAAACUUUUGCUCGUGUGUCAGGAUAUUGUGAACAAAAUGACAUCCACUCCCCUCAUGUGACAGUUCAUGAAUCUCUUGUUUAUUCUGCAUGGCUUAGACUUCCUGUUGAAGUUGAUUCUGCAGUUAGAGAAAUGUUCAUUGAAGAGGUUAUGGAGCUUGUAGAGAUGACUUCAUUAAGGGGAGCACUGGUUGGUUUGCCUGGUGUAAAUGGUUUGUCGACCGAGCAACGCAAGCGACUAACCAUUGCUGUUGAGCUUAUAGCUAACCCUUCCAUCAUUUUUAUGGAUGAGCCCACCUCCGGGCUUGAUGCAAGGGCAGCUGCGAUUGUAAUGAGAGCAGUCAGAAACACGGUCGAUACCGGAAGAACAGUGGUGUGCACAAUUCACCAACCAAGCAUUGACAUUUUUGAAGCUUUUGAUGAGCUCUUCCUGAUGAAGAGAGGAGGAGAAGAGAUAUAUGUGGGACCAUUGGGACAUAAUUCUUUCCACCUCAUAAAGUAUUUUGAGGGGAUCCAAGGAGUAAGUAAGAUUAGAGAUGGCCAUAAUCCAGCAACAUGGAUGCUGGAAGUAACCACCCCAGCACAAGAAAAUCUUUUGGGAAUCAGCUUCACUGAAGUAUACAAGAACUCUGAAUUAUAUCAGAGAAAUAAAGCACUAAUAACAGAAAAUAGCAUUCCACCUCCUGGUUCUCAAGAUCUCUACUUUCCAACACAAUAUUCUCAACCUUUCUUGACCCAAUGCUUAGCUUGCCUAUGGAAACAACACUUAUCAUAUUGGAGGAACACUUCAUAUACUGUACUGAGGUUUGUCUUCACUGUGAUGAUAGCACUGAUGCUUGGGACAAUUUUUUGGAAUCUUGGUGGUAAAAAGACGAAACAACAAGACUUGUUCAAUGCAUUAGGUUCAAUGUAUAGUGCUGUUUUGUUCAUUGGAAUAUCAUAUUCGAAUGGGGUGCAGCCAGUUGUUGCUAUUGAGCGUACAGUUUUUUACAGAGAAAGAGCAGCAGGAAUGUACUCAGCUAUCCCUUAUGCUUUUGGACAGAUUGUAAUUGAGCAACCAUACAUCUUGAUCCAGUCUAUAAUAUAUAGCAUUUUAGUAUAUGCAAUGAUUGGAUUUGAAUGGACAGCAGCUAAGUUCUUUUGGUACUUGUUCUUCACAUACUUUACACUGCUCUACUUCACAUACUAUGGAAUGUUGGCAGUCAGCUUAACUCCAAGCUUAAACAUAGCUUCAAUAAUAGUUGCUGGAUUUUAUAGUGUUUGGAACCUUUUUGGAGGAUUCAUUGUUCCAAGACCAGCAAUACCAAUUUGGUGGAGGUGGUACUAUUGGGCUUGUCCUGUCUCAUGGACUUUAUAUGGAUUGCUUGUUUCUCAAUAUGGCGAUGUCGAAGAAAAUCUUGACACAAACCAAACAGUAGCUGAGUUUCUAAGGAGUUACUUUGGAUUCAAGCAUGAUUUUUUGGGAGUGGUUGCAUUUAUGGUCGUCUUUUUCGCAUUUUUCUUCGCUUUUCUAUUCGGAUUUGCAAUCAAGACGCUUAACUUCCAAAGAAGAUAGUAGAGUUGGUGAAGAAACAAGAAGUGAAUGAUGAACAAUAAUAUUUGUAUUAUUCAUACAUAGAUAUCCUUGUAUAAUCAAUUUGCGCAAAUAAUAUACCUAAUAUUUCAUGUUAGGGUUUUGUAGUAUUCUGUUCUUUUAGUUAAUGGAUCACUUCUCUUUUUCCUUA